AUGGAUGAAGUUAGAGAUAAAUUCAACUCGAUGGCACGAAGAAUCCACUUCUUCCCUUCCGUGAUGGCCGCAUUUCCGCUCUACGUCAGCGACGGAAGCUACGAGAUCAGCUACCUUCUUCUUUUCCUGUCGCUCCUCGCCAAAGCGGCCUUCAGCUACGAGGCCUUGCUUCACCUCGUCGAUCCUCCAUUUAUAACCAAAGGCAUGUCGAGGUUCUACAAGUUCUUCACGAUCGCCAACUUCGAAUACAACUAUGGCGUUUCAUGCUUCUCCUUCGCCAAGAUAUUCUUUACCAGAAAAGAGAUGAAUGAUAUCUUCGACCUUAUGCGGAAGUCAGACUUGAUGCUGGGCAGUCUUGCAGAGCCGCCUGAUUUCAGGACCCAAAUAAUCCAAGAUGGCCUGAUCCUCAUCAUGAUGGCCUUGCCGACUACGAUAAGAUUCUUCAAUUUGAGCUUGUGGACUUUCGCUAACGCGGCCGAGCAGGUCUAUUUAACUUGGGUGAACUUUACCAUCUACCUCUCCAUUGCUCCGUUUCUUCAACUAGCCUUUAUCUUAAAGAACCGUUUCAAUUUAUUGCACCGCUGCCUCUUGAAUUUUGCAGCGAGAAAGCAACAAACCAAGAUUGAACAGCUGAUCAUCUUUCACACGAAUUAUUGCGACGUCAGUGCUAUGCUUAACGAUUGUUUCUCUCAACAGAUACUUUUGAUGUUCACAGUAACAUUCAUGAGUAUAGUUCUUGGUUCCUAUAGAUCAAUAACCGCUUACGUUGUGGGUUCGGGAGCAUUUGUGACAGCGAAAGAGUUUAAUGCGUUGUUGUACCAGAUAAUGAUAGACGAUAAGACUAAUGACAUCGCAACGAAUAAAAAGCUGCAACUCCACAUCGCCAUGAAGAGAGAGGUCCAAUUCACAGCCUGCGGUUUCUUCCCUCUUGAUUAUACUCUGGUCCACUCGAAAAAGGUUAAGCUCCACUUCGCCAUGAAGAGAGAGGUCCAAUUCACAGCCUGCGGUUUCUUUCCCAUCAACUACACGUUGGUCCACUCGAUGGUUGCAGCAGUAACAACCUACCUUGUGAUUUUGGUACAGUUUGAGCAGCCUACAACUUCAGUGAACCAUUUCAUUUAUUCAAAUUCUAUCCCCAACAGUACCUAUCCAACUGCACUCACUACUACCCCAAUGUAG